UGCGCGGGCGUGCGCGGCUUGGCCGCAGCGGAGCGCGGGGCUCCGGAGGGCUUCGCGCUGCCUCUCUCCCCUCCCCGCGGCCCCCCACCGCCGGGCUGGAUAUGUGGAUGCUCACGUGAAGAUGGAUGUAGCGAUCGGGCUGCUGGGGCUGCUGACGGUUCUGCUGGAGGGCAGCUCCGGGCAAGGGGUGUACGCCCCCCCCACCGUGCGUAUCGUGCACUCAGGCCUGGCGUGCAACAUCGAGGAGGAGCGCUACUCGGAGAGGGUCUACACCAUCCGUGAGGGUGAGACGCUGGAGCUGACCUGCCUGGUCACCGGCCAUCCCCGACCACAGAUCAGGUGGACCAAAACAGCGGGAAGUGCGUCUGACAGAUUUCAAGACUCAAGUGUCUUCAAUGAAACGCUGCGGAUAGCCAACAUCCAGCGCCACCAGGGAGGCCGCUACUACUGCAAGGCUGAGAACGGCCUGGGCUCACCGGCCAUCAAGUCCAUACGAGUGGAUGUGUACUAUCUGGAUGACCCGAUAGUGACAGUCCACCAGAGCAUCGGUGAAGCAAAAGAGCAGUUUUACUAUGAGAGGACUGUGUUCCUCAGGUGCGUGGCCAACUCCAACCCGCCCGUCCGCUACAGCUGGAGACGUGGCCAGGAGGUGCUGCUGCAGGGCUCUGAUAAGGGAGUUGAGAUCUACGAGCCCUUCUUCACACAGGGGGAAACGAAGAUCCUGAAGCUGAAGAACCUCCGACCUCAGGACUACGCCAACUACAGCUGCAUCGCCUCAGUGAGGAAUGUCUGCAGCAUCCCUGACAAGAUGGUGUCCUUCCGACUCUCCAACAAAACAGCAUCCCCUUCUAUUAAACUCCUGGUGGAUGACCCGAUAGUGGUGAACCCUGGAGAAGCGGUCACCCUGGUUUGUGUGACGACAGGAGGGGAGCCAGCCCCCAGCCUGACAUGGGUGAGGUCUGCUGGCGGCCUGCCUGAGAAGACCGUCCUCAAUGGUGGAACACUGACCAUACCUGCCAUCGCAUCGGAGGAUGCUGGCACCUACAGCUGCGUCGCCAAUAACAACGUUGGAAAUCCUGCAAAAAAAUCCACCAACAUCAUCGUCAGAGCCUUAAAAAAAGGACGUUUCUGGAUCACUCCUGAUCCAUAUCACAAAGAUGACAACAUCCAGAUUGGGCGAGAGGUGAAAAUCUCCUGCCAGGUGGAAGCUGUCCCUUCGGAGGAGCUCACCUUCAGCUGGUUUAAAAAUGGGCGGCCCUUGCGAAGCUCUGAAAGGAUGGUCAUCACACAGACCGACCCCGACGUGUCGCCUGGCACCACCAACCUGGACAUCAUUGACUUGAAAUUCACAGACUUUGGGACGUACACGUGUGUCGCGUCUCUGAAAGGAGGUGGCAUAUCGGACAUCAGCAUUGAUGUCAACAUCUCCAGCAGCACAGUCCCACCCAAUCUGACUGUUCCUCAAGAAAAGUCCCCCCUGGUCACACGGGAAGGAGACACGAUCGAGCUGCAGUGCCAGGUGACGGGGAAGCCCAAGCCCAUCAUCCUGUGGUCCCGCGCCGACAAGGAGGUGGCGAUGCCAGAUGGAACGAUGCAGAUGGAGAGCUACGAUGGCAUCCUGAGGAUAGUGAACGUGUCCCGGGAGAUGACAGGCACCUACAGGUGCCAGACCAGCCAGUACAACGGGUUCAAUGUGAAGCCCAGAGAAGCUUUGGUGCAGCUCAUCGUACAGUACCCCCCCACCGUGGAGCCGACCUUCCUGGAGAUCCGGCAGGGCCAAGGCCGGAGCAUCACCAUGAGCUGCCGGGUGCUGCGGGCCUACCCGACGCGGGUGCUGACCUACGAGUGGCGGCUGGGCAGCAAGGUGCUGCGCACAGGCCAGUUUGACCUGCAGGACUCAACCGAGUACACCGUCAGCAGCCUCUCCCGUGACAGCUAUGGUGUCUACAACUGCAACAUCAUCAAUGAAGCGGGAGCUGGCCGCUGCAGCUUCCUGGUCACAGGCAAGGCCUACGCCCCGGAGUUCUACUAUGACACUUACAACCCGCUGUGGCAGAACCGGCCCCGCGUGUACUCCUACAGCCUGCAGUGGACCCAGAUGAACCCCAACGCCGUGGACCGCAUCCUCGCCUACCGCCUGGGGAUUAGGCAGGCUGGACAGCAGCGUUGGUGGGAACAAGAAAUUACAGUGAAUGGAAACAUUCAAAAGGGAGAAUUAAUUACCUACAAUCUAACUGAGCUGAUCAAGCCAGAGGCGUACGAAGUCCGUCUGACACCCAUCACCAGAUUUGGAGAAGGAGACUCCACUAUUCGGGUCAUCAAGUAUAGUGCUCCAGUAAAUCCACACCUACGAGAGUUCCACUGUGGGUUUGAGGAUGGCAACAUUUGCCUUUUCACUCAAGACGAUACGGACAACUUUGACUGGACAAAGCAAAGCACUGCCACUAGAGACACAAAAUACACUCCCAACACAGGGCCAAACGCAGACCGGACUGGCUCCAAGGAAGGUUUCUACAUGUACAUUGAGACCUCACGCCCCAGGCUGGAAGGGGAGAAGGCCCGACUCGUCAGUCCUGUUUUCAGCGUUGCUCCAAAAAAUCCCUAUGGAGCUACGAACACAGCCUACUGUUUUAGCUUCUACUACCACAUGUAUGGACAGCACAUAGGAAGCUUGAAUGUUUACCUGCGACUGAAAGGCCAGACGGCGAUAGAGAACCCCUUGUGGUCUUCAAGUGGAAAUAAGGGCCAGCACUGGAACCAAGCCCGUGUCAAUAUCAACCCCCCGACUUCAUUCCAGCUUAUAUUUGAAGGGAUCCGGGGCCCAGGCAUCGAAGGAGACAUUGCUAUUGAUGAUGUAUCAAUUGUGGAAGGAGAGUGUAUGAAAUCCGACCAGCCGGCCAACAAUUUACGAUCAGGUGCUGUUGGGACAUUAGAGCAUAUACGACUUAUCCCAGUUACCAUCCUCAUGUUUGUCUUAAGUCAUCAGAGGUGACCUUAUCCUGGCAGAGGCUACAAAAGAUUCACCAGGCACUGGCAUGAAGAAAGAGUCUUUGUAAAAUGGACAUUUAAAAACAAACUACCAAAGAUUCCUCCACUGACUGACUCAAAAGUUAAAUAAAUACAUAAAUAAAUUAAAAAAAAAAAAAAGAAAAACAAACAAACAAAAAAAAAAACAAUUAAAAAGCACUGGGGACAUAAAAGGCAUCAUGGGAGUGUAACUCACUAUGAACCACGCGUGAGAACGAGAUCUGGCCUAAGUGAGGAAGAGACCUUCAGGUGCUUUUGUGGUCAAUAACGAAUACAGCAUCAUCUGGUUGAACUCUCGGAACAGAGCGAUAGAAACCCUUGUCAAAGCACAAAGUCAUGGCUGGUUUUGUUUCAAAUGAAUAGUUUGCUUGUUACCAUGGAAACCUAAUGGCCUGCCAAAAAAAAAAGGAGAGGAGGGAGAGGAAAUAAUAAAAUUAAAACAGAGAGAGCAACACCUCACUGUAAACAGGGUAUGUGAAGAGCUGGCAUUCAUUUUCCCUUCGAGGAGGUUUUUAGUGUAGAGUUAAAAACAUGUAGGCCCUUUUGCCUUUGGCUGUCACCUCCCCUAGAGAGUAACCCCGAAUCAGAGCUGUUUGAAGACAUUUCUGUUUCAUUUCUCACGGCUAUGCUCGAUAACUGUAUGCUGUCUCCUUUUGCAUGCAUUACGAUCCAGGAUGUGCCACCUGGGCUUACAUAUGACACAGGCUUAUCGGAGCUUGCUUGCGGCCACUCGAACACCCCUCUCCCCUCCCCAACUGAGUCAUCUGUUCUAACGAAGUGAAGAAACCAAACCACCAUCUUUUAUAAAUUGCCAUGGAAACCAAGUGCCUUCAAUGAAACAAGCCUGAUUUAAAAGUAUAUGUAGAAUAAUAAUAAUUUCAACACAGAAGCUUGCACUGCUAACAUGUGGUUUGUGCAAACUUAUUUUCUAAACAAACUACGGAGCCCGGGUGUGCAGACUGCAGGCGAAGGAAGCAGAGUCGCUCCUGGAGGUGGAUGGACCUGAGCUGCUGCGUAAGCCCUCUCGGACGAGCUAUCUGUUGUUUAACCUUCCAGACAGCCAUGGCCUUUCAGCUUAUUACCCAUUAGAAAAUAGCUUCCGUUGGUCCUGGAAAUGGGAGCAGCGCUUUUUAUUUGUUCCUUUCAGGUGAUCAGAGAAAUGUUUGUGCAAAUUCAGUAAUUCAACUGAAGAGAUAAUUUUACAGCUAUGUUCAAUAAAGCCUCUUUCCAGGUAAGGUAUGCCACGUGGUGCGUGUGUUUGUUGGGCGCUGUGCACGGGGUGCUGCUGGGCUGAUGCAGAUGCUGUCUGCAAAUGGAGGCACGGCCCAUGGAGCUGGCCAAGGAUGCUGCUGGUGCUGCUUUGGAGGUGCUUUGUGGUGUCCGAUGCCCGGGCUGCAGCAAAAAAAGCUGCUUGGAUGACAGCAAGAGCCCAGAGCUUGGAUGGACUGUGGGGUUUGGCACCGUGAGUGUUUGUUAAUAAAAGGAAAUUUCCCACUGGAAGCAUUGGAUUUUAACUGUGGACCAGAGAUCCGAGCUGGGUGCAGCAAGAUCCUGACCGGUGCUUUGCUUAGGAGGUUGGUGUGCCUCAGGAUUUGGGGUCUGUGGAAAUGGGACCUUCACAGGCAUCUGCCUGAAAGCCAAAGGACCACAGUGAGUGCGAGGGACCCCGCAGGGCGCUGCUGGGGCCACUGUGCUCACAGCUAUGGCUCCAGAGCCCUGCCCAGAGGAACAGCAGGCUGCAGCGUGUUCCUUGUUGCAUUUCCUAUUCCACCCUUGCCCAUCAUUAGGGCAGGUCUGAUGCAGUGGGGAAUAUAGAAAUAGCAGCCAGCUGUCAGUCAUUCUGACGUAAGGUGGGAACCAUUCCAUUCCCUUGAAAAUGCUGUCCCUCACAUUGAUUCUUUCAAAACUGGACUCAACAUCCAUAGAUUCAGACACCCGUUGGUCAGCUCAGGCCAGGAUAAGCGACCCCAAAGCAGCCACUGCUGCAGGUUGCUGAACUGGAGGUCGUGCAUUUGUGGGGACCACAGGCUAAGACUGGAAGCUGAAAUCCCCAUUCCCUCCUCAUAUUUCUCGUCUUCUUUCCUUGCUGGAAGACAGGGAUGAAUAUUCAAUGAAAGCUUUGGCCAGAGACCAAAGUUGUCUUUGUCGGGGCAGGAUGAGCUGAGGAGCAGGUGGUUUUGUGGAAGGGAACUUGCUUGCCCUGCCUAUUUCAGUUCUGUUCUGCUUACAUGGGUGCAAAAGCAGUUGCUAAGGUGUUUUCUCUCUUUCAGACAUUGAUUUAGUAUAGUGUUGUCUUCCUUUACGUCCCUAACCUAAGGAACUGAAAAGGCAAUGGGAUUUUAUCUUGGGCUACAAGCAAAUAGAUAAAAAAUAUGCAUUUCCCAGUCUGUAUAUAGAUAUGUAUUUCAUUUUGGUGUGAAAAUGAAUGAAGUAUUUGUAAAAAAAAUGGGUGACAACCAGACAGAGAGCUGCUGUUCAUUUCUUGGAUUACAUCUAGUAACAUUCCUGACUUGUUUUUAAAUGGUUCCUCAAUACAGAAUUGUGCAAAAGUGGACUUAGGGCAGGACAGAAGUUGUUUGCUGGCAUCAGCCUGGCUUUUUAGGGAGCCAGCUCAGAACCAGCUGGGUGUUCCCAUGGCAGAGGUAAACUGACCCCACAAAUGAAGUUUGCAGUGGAUUUUAUUCUUCUCAGGAUGGUCAGGGAGAUCGAGGAGCAUUCCCCUUUCGUAGCAAAGGAGUGCUAAUUCUUUUUGUUCACAGAGCAUGCAGUUUGAAUGGGAAAUCCCACAUGCAAUUGCUGAGGACUCUGAUCUCACUGUACAACCAGCCACUGCUUCCCCAGCCAGCUCCAGCCAGGCAAUGGGACACAAGGGGAUAAAAGAGCAGAGACCUGAAGGGAGCAAACACAUCACAGAACACAUUAGAAAUGCACCACUAAGAUGAAGGCAAGGAGCAGCUCCUGGAGAGCCUGUCAAAGUGCUGAUGCCUUGCGUGACAAAAAAGCAUUUGCUCGUGGAUAUUGCACAGGAUAGGUUCUUUACCCUGAGCUUACAUUGUAUCAGCCACUUUUUGGAAAUGAUGGUCUUAAGUGUAUGCUGUGUCAGGCCCACGUAAAUCCUUGGAAAUGUGAAAUUUCUUGCCAAACUCAGAAGCUUUGGAAGAGUGCUGACCUCCAGGGAUGCCAGCGCAGUUCCCUCCCUGACACCGAGUGCUUGAAUCUCCACUGCAUUCACCAAUGUAAAUGGCACUGUUUAGUGUGAGCACCUCUCGAGGCAAUCAGAGGCCCCAAACUGCAGAACAGAGCUGAGGAGUGACAGCAUCAGCUCCUUGUUCAAAUUUGGUUUCUUUUUCACUGCCUUCAGGGUCAGUGACAUCCCUUGCAGUGAGCCACAUAGAGCGAUGGGAUUCUCUUCACUCCCAUUGGAAGAGGUUCUGCUGCUUCAUUUUUGGAGGGUUUACUCACUGGUAUUAUUUUUUCAUGUAUCUGAGGAUGGUUUAAAUGCUCUUCUCACCCAAAAAGAGCUGCUGUCCAUUGGAAGAAUUGCUCUAUAUGGGUGUUUGAUAACAAAGGUAGUCCCAUAUUAUAAGCACCUUUGCCUGUAUAUGCCAGUAGAAAGGUUAGGGGCCAUCAGGAUUACUUCUUACAUUUUCCUAUAAAAACCUAUGCAAGAAACUCAUUAUAUUUAUGAUUUUUUUUACUUGUUAUUAUUAUUAUUUUGUAAGCAGCUCCACAGGAGCAUGCUCUGUCAUUUAUGGCUGCACGACUAUAAUGGAAGCAUCAGUCCCAGCAGAGAGGAGUUAAACUUGCAGGCACUGCCCAUUGCAUUCCUUUGUGCCAAGAAACUCCCUGCCCCGCAGCUCAUGCACUCAUUCAGUUGAGGGACAUUUGGUCUUUAGAAGUCUGGGGACAUCUUCUGCCUGAGCUCUGCCCCCUGCGUCUCCCUGUAAUUCCCACAGGAACACAUCCCAGCACACAUGGACAGGGCUUGGAGCGGGGAAGGACGUGUGGGGCACUCCUCAUAGGUCUUAAAACCAAUUAAAAGGAGGAAGGGGAACGAUUUAUGUGUGUUUUGCCUUCUGUAAGGCUGCUCGUAAGGCUGUUGCAAAGCCUCGCCAGCAUGGAGGUGUUCACAGCCACUUUGGUGUCACUUGUUCUGUGCCAGCAGUGUUACAUGUCUGGUGUUAAACUCCUCCUGCCUUGGGCUCCCAGACCACUUUCAGAUCCCCUUUUGGCUGUUUUUGGACAAGCUACAGCACUAGUUUCUCUCGUUUAGAAAAGAUACGCAGUAAUAACCAGGAGCUAUCAUUGACCUGAAUACAAGACACUUGGGGUAGUACAUCCUAUGUGACGUACUGAAAUAUGACAGAUCACCAUUGUAUCUGUCAGAUUGUGGAGUCUGUAUGCUGAGUUUUAUAUUAUGGGAAGGAUGCUGUAUUUUUUUUUCCCUGAACGCAACCUCUACAGCCCGUGUAGGUGGCACCCAACUUACAUGGGUGUUUCUGGACUGAGGCUUCAGUGGUGACACAAAGGUUUUGCUUUCAUGAAAUAGCAUCCUACACACCCUUAUCAGGCUGUGAUAUAAUGGGACUACUCAGGUGAGAGUAAACUGAUCGAGUCAUCAGAGACAGAAGGAUGCAUGCGUGGGGGGAUACUUUGAUCCUCUCAGCCACAAGCAUAUGAGUUCAGCAGUGAGCUCCUGAGCCUGGGAGCAACCCAAGAGCAUUAAUCACAAAAUCAGUGUUGGGUGCCCGACAAGUGCUGGUGCAUCAGCAGGAAGGUCGUAUUUGUGUUCCUCUAUAGAUGUGUCCAUGCAUCCUGGCAGCCAUACCUAAUGGAGUCUCUCCUAGCUGGCUCUCUGUGACAUGGUCAGGUUUACCCCUGUUGAGCACAGCCUUAUCAGAGCCAACCAAGGACCUAUGACAGGUGAACUGCAGCCUAUUUCCUCCCAUUUAUAUUCUCCAUAAGUUGUUGUUUUUGUUUUUUGUUUUCAUUGAGAAACAGACUUGAAUGUUGGCAGGUGCUUGGACAAAUGAAUAUUAAUGCAGCUUUGCUCACGGUUAAGGUCAGAGCCAACAAGUGGAGAAAUGCUUCUGCUGAUGCUUUGGGACCCAGGAUCUUUGCAUGCCACAAGCCUUCACCUUCUGCAGGCUGGAGGUUUGCACUCCUCCACCCAUGAGGAAGAAACAGGAACCCCACAACAACCAUGACUGUAAAGCAUUGGGUGGUUUGUGACAGAUAUGACCACAAAAGGAAUUGAGGAAACACACAUUUCUGUGAGUAGGAAUUAGCAGCCUCAGCACCUUCUCAGGAAAGAUCAGAUGCGCUUCUGCUUGCACAUUACCAACUGCAAGGGGUUGAAAUCUGUGUGUUUGUUUGUGUAAAUAGUAUAUAAAUAACUGUAAUUGUAUGUAUUUAAUGUAUAUAUAAUGAUUAUUACAUUUUAACUAUCUCAAGUAUUGUAUAUAGCCAAACUUGGUCUCUUAUUUUACUAGAACGCCCACUGUAGAUUUAUUUUUUGUCAUUGUUGUUAAUGUAUCUGGUUAAAUUACAAACUGGUCUUACUUUUACCUCAAAGGAUAUAUGUUCUUUAUGUACAUUUUAUAAAGAAAAAGAAAGAAAUCACUCCA